UGGCAGCAACCAACGUACACACACUAGGGCUCCAGGCAGCGGCGUCGGUCUCGCUCCAGCCGCGCUGCAGCCCCUGGUUGUCGCCGCAUCCCGCGGGUGUAGAAGGGGAAGGGCCAUGAACCUGGGAGAUGGAUUAAAGCUUGAAACUGAAAUUUUGGAUGGAAAACCUAGGCUAAUUUUGGCUUCAUAUGUGGGUAAAUCAAAAUCCACAGUUAAGAUGGAUAAUAAAGCUAAAAUCCUCAAACAUACAUUGAGAACAAAACAGUCUGGACAUGUUCUGAAAUCAACACAAAAUUCCUGUGUCAAGCAUGAACAUAUUUUAGCAAAACCCAGAAGUGGAUCAAGAUGGUCAGCAAUAAAAGGUGAAAAAAACUGUGUGACUUUGUCAUCAUCUAAAGAUUCAUCAAAGGAAUCCUUAAAUAAAAACCAUGCUUUGAUUAUCCAAAAAGACAACACAACUGGAAUGCCGGAUUUACAGAACCCUAAUAAAAUUGCUGUUAAAAAGCCCAAACAGAAGUCUCAAAAACCUCAUAUCUCAGGUGAAGAUCUAAGGAACAAUUUGGUGUGUUUAACACAAGAGCAACUUGAACAGAUUCUGAUGACUGUAAAACAAGGAACCAAAAUUGAAUCCCAGGCCCAGGAGGAAAAGCAAGAAGAAACAAGCCAAAACAAAAACUCUGAUAGUAGCACUGCUGCUAAUCAGGCCCCACAAGAGGAGAACAUUAUGGGAUUACUCCAAAAAGCUGAUGAAGUUUCAUCUGUUUCAAAUGAAAAUAAUUAUGCCUCAGGCAGAAAACAAGCAGCUUCUGAGCAGACUGAACAGAAAGUUAUUAAGAAUUCAUGGAAACCAGCUGACAUGUUUAGUACCCUAGGUGAAAGAGAAGAGGAUAAAAUUUUGUUAGAUGCAAAGAAGUCCCAGUGGAAGAAGGAACUAGAUGAACAGAUAGCUUUAAAGAAGAAAUUAAAAGAAACUUUGGAGCGACAGACGAAAUACUACCAUUGGGAGAAAACGGAUGGCGAUGGUGAUAAAACCCAUUUGGAAAAACUGAAGCCAGUUAAUCAAGCUAAAAUGACAUUUCCAGCUGAUUUGAGCAUUGCUACUGAGGAAAACCACAUUUUUAGAACCACUUUGGUCACAGAGGCUAGUGAAGUUGCACCCAGUGUUUCAAGUGGACCAACUGGACAAUCAUCUAAUUUCAGUUCUCCUGACUUGCCAGCUGCCAUUCGUACAGCAUUUGUGUUAGGGGAAGCUACACCAGUGGAGCACCCCUUUAGUGCCAUGAAACGAGAACAACAGAAGAAGUGGCUUCUAGAUCUGGACAAACAAAAGGAAGAGGCUAAGCUACGAAAAAUAGAGGAAAAACAUAAUUUAUCAAAGGCUGAGGAGCAUGAGAGAUGGGCAGUGCAUUUUGAUUCUUUAAAGAACUACCCUCGUGCUAAUCCACAACACCCCAUAAAUGGAACAUACACCAAGCAGCCUGAAAUUCUUUGCCUGUCCCCCGAAUCUCAGGCCCUGACUGCUGUUAUUCAUCCUUUUACACCUGCAGCUUUAGGCCAUCUCAUACAUUCAAAGGUGGAGAAUGUAGAAAAAACUGUUGAGAACCCUACUUCGGAACAAAGUCAAAAAGCCAGUUUUCUACGGUCAAUGACAGCUCUCUUGGAUCCUGCACAAAUUGAGGAAAGAGACAGGAGGCGGCAGAAACAGUUAGAACAUCAGAAAGCUAUAAUGGCUCAAGUAGAGGAAAAGCGAAGAAAGAAGCAGCUGGAGGAAGAGCAAAGAAAAUGGGAAGAACAACAAGAAGAACACCGCUUAGCACGAGAACGAGAACUGAUGCAAAAACAGUUUGAAGAGGAUAUGCUCAAACAAAAACAAAAGGAAGAAAUCAUGACUCUUAAAACAAAUGAGCUCUAUCAGACAAUGCAGAGAGCACAAGAACAGGCACAGAGAUUGAAACAGGAACAACGUAUUCGAGAGUUGGCUCAAAAAGGACAUGACAUCUCAAAACUGCAGAAGAAUCUUGGGGGUGGGGGUGGCGGCGGUGAUAAAAUAUGUGAGAGUUAUAAUACUGGCCUUUCAAAUGUAAGUCAUGAUCAUUGUUCUGAUGAAGUGAGCAGUAAGAUGCAUCAAGAUGUAAAAACCGUAACCUCUCCUCGGAAAGAUACUGCUGUGCAGACAGAUGACUUUGACACCAGAGCAUACAUCAGAACUGAAACAUGUACUGAGCCAGUUGUAGAAAGAAGAACUGUGGACUGUACAUCUCCAGAUAUUUCCAUAGAAUAUAAAGAGAAAUUUAACAUCAAAAAAUGCAAGAAAGAAAUGCAGUAUCCAGAUAAAACUAAAAUUUCAGAAAAAGAGAAUAACGGCAGUUACAGUGAUUUAUAUAACCAAUUUGCAAGAAAAGAGAAACAAACAAAACCUAUGGAAAAAUAUGGAAAGAGACCCGACUGGAACAUAAACAAACCUGGGAAAAGGUAUAUUCCAGCAUCAGAAAGAUACCCUAGACGGCUACAAAAGCAAAGGGAGGAAAAGAAAGUAAGACGACAGAUAGAGCUGCUUCAAUUGGUAGAAAGAAAUACUCCUGGCAAACUCUGCCAAAAGAAAGAAAUCUCUCCAGAAAGGUCUCCUUCACCUCACCAGGAAACUAAUACAAAGAGUAAGGGACAUGCAGUCACAAAGGAGGAACAAUCUCAGAAGAGUCAUUUGAAUGAAGAAAGAUCUGAAUCACCACCUGUUCCAGCAGUUAAAAACAGAUUAUACCAAGUACAACAAAGGCAGAUAAAUACUUCUAAUUUCCCAAUUCAGAAUGGCAAUAGCGGAAGAGAGAAAAAUAUCAACACAGACAUGCAACAGAGGAAAUCGUCUUCUCCAGUUAUUGAAGCUGAACGGCCACCCUCUUCUCAUUUUAUUCCCUAUGUGCGAACAAAUGAAAUUUAUUACCUUGAUCCAGAUGCACCAAUGACUAGACCUUCAACACAUGAUCCACAAUAUCGACAGUUUAAUGAUUCUUGCCAUACACCACGACAGAUUUUUAGUUCUGAUCAUGUGAGAGAUCCACUUCUUAAUCCUAAUGUGGUGAAAAACAGAGACCGACAACAGGCAAUCCUCAAAGGACUAUCAGAAUUACGCCAGGGUCUCCUCCAGAAGCAGAAGGAGUUGGAGACUGGUCUAAUUCCAACCAUAAAUCAAGAAGAAAACUUUAUUUCUCCAUUUUAAAAAAGGUACACAUGUAUACAAAAACAUUCAGCUUUAAAAAUGUCAGGCACAGCACUUUAUAUUUGCUACUGUAAUUUACUAACUGCAUCUAAAUCUUUUUUAACCAAGGUCUUAGCUCCUACAUGAAAUGUGACAGGUUAUGUGGUUUUGUUCCCUUUCCUCCUCCCCCCAUGUGGUUGUUUGAAGAUGCUUGAAUCUAAUAUAUAAUGCAUUUGCUGUUUAGAACGGUCUUCUGCUUUGAACAUUUCUUAAGAUUAUGUAGUAGGAAAACAGCAGUAUAGAAAGUUUUUAUUUACAUUAAUUUUUUGUAGAAUUUAAAAUGUAUGUAUUUUUGGUAUAAAUAAAUGUAUUAAAUAUUUAAUGACAUACCAAUUUUUUCCUCACACUAAAAAAAAAAAUUAGACCAAAUAUCUUCCCCUUUCAGUGUUGCCUUGCCGAAAAAGCUGUCUGAUCACUUAGAUAAAUAAUUUGUGUGCUAGUGAGCAACCCAGCAAUAAAAAAAACAGCAUAUGUAUUGAAUAAGCUAGCUAAAACUGAAUGGCAGUGCUUAUUGUCCAACUAUGCCAGAAAGAGGACAAGAGACACGCAGCAUGGUUUAGUUAGGUCACAACUUCCUUCUUAAAAGUCUGGGAGUACCUGGCCGAUAGAAGUGUACAGUGCAGAUAAUUCCAUAAUCAUUUCAAUAUAUAGCUAGGAGCUUCUAUCAGCUCUCCCCCUUAUCUACCCUCGUUCCCAGCCACCCCACAGCAGGGACCUCACCUUCCCCCCUCCUCAAAUGAGGGUUAAGGGAGACUAUAAAGAAGGGGGAGAGUUGGCUCCCUGCUAUACCAGCCAUAGGAGUCCCAACCCUCCCCUCCCAUUUCUUCUCCUUUAAAUCCUUUACCAGUGCAUUUUAUUUGAUACAGUAGCCCUUCCCCAUGGAAUACCUGCAGUGGGCGUCUGCCAAAAGAGGCACCAGCAAUUAGCUUGGCUACCCCUCCCCCAGUUAACCAGGUGCCCAGACAUCUCCUAAUGCCCCCUUUAGUAUCAGCCAAAAACUUCUCAGCUCCCAACUCUGACAGGUGGAUCCCAUCCUCCCUGAAUAAUUCUGGUGCCUCAUAUACAAUGCCUGGAUGUGAAAAGACUGACCCUCCUAUGACAUCCAUGAAUUUGGCCACCUGCCUCUUCACAUACCUCCUAGCCUAGCCUUGUUGAACCCUAAACUCUCUCAUUAUAUACACGAGAACCACACACAUCUGAAUGUGCGCUUUGUAAUAGAGUUGUUUCUGUAAGGCAAUCUGUCUAAAGUUUAAUGAUGAAAGGAAAUUGAGAGUAUUUUUCUUCAUGAUGACUUUGCAUGUGCCAUACAGUGGCUUAGUUCCUAAUAGUUUAUUCUAUAAUACAGAAUACAGUUUGAUAUUCCAGAAGGAAUAGCUUUUUGUAUCUAUACUAGAUACAGUAAAAUGAAGUGAAGGGAUUUCUAAAAUUAGAAGAACAGCUAUCUUUUUAUAGAAGUGUUUACUUAAGAUGCAUUGAGUAUUUUAAAAAUGAAUACCAGCUGGAAAUUACCAAAAAGAAGAAGGAGUACUUGUGGCAUC